AUGGCUGCUCCCCGGCAGCGCCUCCUCACCCUCCUAGUUCUCCUCUCCUGCGCCGCUCUUUCUGCUGCCGGCUCCACCUCUCUCGUCAUCAACGAAGUCGACUAUGACCAACCCAGCACAGACACUGCAGAAUUCGUUGAGCUCAAAAAUGUGGGGGGGUCUAGCAUUGCUCUCAGCGGGUGGAGUCUCCAGCUUGUGAACGGGGGGGCAAGCCCCCCUGCUGUGUACAAGACGAUUGCGCUCGCCCCUGUGACGCUGGCGCCGGGGGGGUACUUUGUGGUGUGCUCAACGCAGGGGGGGACCUUGGCAAACUGCAAUCAGCAAGUUUCCCCCGCCACCGACCUGAUCCAAAACGGAGCCAGUGACGCCAUCGCCCUUGCAAACCCCUCCGGAACUAUAAUCGAUAAAGUUUCGUACGAGGGAACAGUUCCCGGGUACUCGGAGGGCACCUCCGCAGGGACUGACGACGGGGCCGCUGCACAAUCCCUCUCCAGGUGCUCCGACGGAACCGAUACGGACGACAACGGCGCCAAUUUCAAGCUGGUCGCCAUAACUCCGGGGGCUGCCAAUGCGUGCCCCUCCACUCCUGCCCCCACUUCUGCCUCCACGACCAACAGCCCCACCCCCGCUCCCAGUCAAUCCACAUCUACCUUCAGCUGCAAGAACGCCGCAGGCGCUGACGUGGACUGGUGGGUCGCGCUCAAGUUUCCGAAGCAGAGCGCCACAAAUCCGGACGGCGGGAUGUACGCCUACAUUGACAGCACGACCGAUCUGACGGCUAUCAACGCGUGGGCGAUCGAGACCAACAUGCAAACCACCGCGCGCGAUGACGCGCUCGCAAACACUCUCUACCAGAUGUACGACAACCAGGCCACCGCCGGGUACGCCAUGUGGAACGACGACUACCCCCCCUCCGUGACGACGAGCGCGGGCUCCGGCGGCGCGCACGCCAAGGGGGUUUUAGGGUUUACCGCCAACCAGGGCUUCUACCUCGUGCACAGCGCGCCCAACUUCCCGGACCCGCCGUUGACCAGUAAGCCGUUCCGCCCGUGCCGUUCCGUUGCAGAAUUACUGAUCUACGGCCAGAGCUUCCUGUGCGCCACUCUCCCUGCCGCCCAGAUCGACGGCGUUGCGAAGUUCAUCCAAACCGCCGGUCUUUGGAUCUACGACUCCCAGCUCCCGAGCGCAAUCGCCGGGCCUUACCCGCAUUUCGCGGCGCUUAUUGCGGCCAAGGACGGGUCGCCCACACCGGGCGCCCCGACGACCGUUUCCGGGGGCACGGUGGCCACCUCCGGGGGCCAGGCGUUUGCGCUAUUCGAGAAGGCUUCAUCCACCGGCAUCGGUUUGUACGAGUCCCUGGUGGAGCCAUACUUCGGGCUGUCCAUGGCCUGGGAGACGUGGCAGAACGGGUCCCCCAACCUCAACUCGUGCCCCACAAUGGGCUCCACUCUCGGCUCGUACACUAUCAGAAAUAUCACCGUGCCCGAGGCGCAGGCGAUCUCGGCAACGACCGGCAAGUGGGCGGUGACGUCCGACCACUCCAAAUGGGGCGUCCCGUACCCUUCCGGCACCCAGACGGUGUGCAUCGGCGACAUGAACCGGCAGGCGUCCCAGGCGAACCGCGGCGGCGGCACCGUCUGCUUCCUCAACAACCCCAACAUCGCCCAGCACUACACCAAGCUCAUCACCAACGUGGCUCCCUGCGAAGGUCCGUCUCGCUGCAUGAUCUGCUUCAAGUUGUUCCAAACAAAGGGUAGCACAAACACAGGGAGGAUUGGCAGUCUCCCCCCCUUCUCCCCCCCCUCUCUCCCCCCCGGGGGGGGAGACUAUAUUCUCCUCUGGUGGGGGAGAAGUCUCCCCCACAUGAGGGGCGGAGAACAGUCUCCCCCACCUGACGACUGUGGGGGAGAAUGUCUCCCCCGGUCGAGGACGGGGGGAGAAUUCUCCCCCUCACUUUUCGAGAGGGGGAGAGUAUUCUCCACCUGA